AUGUUGACCGACUUCGGCUUCAAGAUGACCAUCAUGAUCCUCAUGGGUCUGCUGAUGGGUGCCGGUCAUGCUGAUGUCGUCCCCCACAACGCGCCCAUCUUCUAUGACAACGACACCCUCCUUGCUCCCAACGCCCACGGCGAGAUGACCAUUUACACAAUUGUCGACCCGACCUGGGAGCUGAACAUCCCAGGUGCCUCCGACAGCGAGAAGAUCAAGGUUACGGGUACCGCAGACAAAAUCUUCCAAUACAUCAACAUCCACUUACCCGAUUACGACUGGCCCGACGUCGACAACCUCAACAGUACGUCUCCGGAGAAGGCAGCCCAAGACGACCCAACGCCCAACUGCAAUGUCUUCGGCCUCGCCCCAUACCCCAUGGUCAAUCUCUGCAAGGAUACCCUGAAACAGAUCGGCAACCACUACUUCAACCUGGGUUCCGGCCCUGGAACCUGUGCUCAGGUGCAGUGUCGUGGCGACCUGAAGAACCGCCACGCGGCGAUUUGGUGGUGCAACGACGAUCUCAUCGGCGCAACUGUCACUGCCAACGAUAUUGCCGACCUUGCCGGGAAGAUAAUCGAUGGGUGCAUCGAAUUUGACACUCCCAUAUCCUGGACUCGCGGGCAGAUAUUCCACGAAACCGAGCACUGGAAUGUCAUUGUCAACGGCGCUGAGAAGUGCAGAUAG